AUGUGUUCAUCAUCCUCUUCGUCGCGCCGCCGCCGCCGCCGCCUCGGCGCGGGAUUGGGGGGCUCUCCGAUGCCUUCUCGGCGAGGUGACCGUUCCCCCGCCCUGUCCCGCGCAGCGCUGCGGCUCCUGCCCAAAGCCGGGCGGAGAAGGAGACUGGCUGCUGCAGUUUUCUGCGCGACUUCCUCGGAUUUCCCCACAAACGCGCUGAUAGUUCGGACGCGGGUUCGGGCUGGUUUUUCUGCGUUUUAUUGCGUUUUAUUACUAAUUAAAAAGCUUUCGUUCGCCGUCGCCCCAGAGCGCUCUCCUCCCGAACUCCCCUCGGUCCCCGCCCGCACCCCGAGCUCGCGGAGGGGGUGUCGGGGCCAACGCGCCAGAACCCGGCUCCUCCGAAGCCCCCGCCGGCCGCCGCCCCCCGCGGGCCUCCCGCCCCCGCCCCUCCCCCUCGCCCCCACCCUGUGGCUGCAGCUUCGGGCUCCGAGGCUCAAAAACAAACUGCCGAGGCGCCGCCAGCUCGGUGCUCUGCCACCGCCCGGGACGCCGAGCGGCGUUGGACCCGUCGGUCCUCGGUCGGGCGCGGCGGCUGAGGGCAGCGCGCCCCGCGUCGGGGGGCGGCCGUACCAAGGCCAGACGUCUUGCCCCGGGGCGUCCCGCACCCCUGCGCCUCCGGGGUGGGCCCAUGCGCUCCGGUCUCCGCGCCCCGUUGGGCUGCGGCUGCGGCCCCCAGGUGCGAUUUGGACCGGAGAACCCAAGGCACAGGUGGAGGAGUACGAGCUGGAAAAGAUCUGGCGCUUCUGUCCCCGCAGCCUCCAGACUCGGAGCUCAAGCCGGCGAGGGGCCUGGCAGAGCAAGAGCAGGGUGGCCCCAACUCAGAGGCCUAAUGGGAUCCAGGGAACCUUGAUGUGACCUGGAUGACCUCGAGAACAUGAGGACAGUGGUCAGAAUUUCUGUCCAAGAGGUUCUCUAUGAAGAUUUGGGACCUGGCAGGACAAAACCAGUUCCUAGGCUCCAAAGUGGGUCUCUGGGUAGCGUGGACGCUCUCAACCAAGACUUCCCAGGAAUAUAACCUUGUAACCGAUGUUGAACAAACCUGGGAUGUUCAGAACAGACUUCUUUGGAUCACUGGGUGACUUUUGUCCUUUCUUCAUUGGCAACAUCCCGGAGGCCUGCACAGGCAUCCUUGCAAGGGUGCUGCAGCUGCCUGGGGACUCCAGCAAAAUCUCUCUGCCAGACUUAGGGUCCUGAGUCCCUGCAGGGUUAAUGUAUAGGAGACAAUUUGCCAUUUGCCUGCAUACUUGGCAGUGCGGGCAGUGAGGACAUGGUGGGAGGAGAUUGUUAUGUUUUGUCCUAAAGCACUGAGAUCGGGACUGAAUCCCCUCGUCCUCUCCGUUUGAGUCCAGGAGGGACUUAGCUUUGAUAUUUUUCGAAAACGCUCUCCAGAAGGCGGUGGAAGCCCCCAAGGAUUCCUUACACCAGGAGAGCUCCACGUGCGGAAUCAAGUGUGGAGAAGCCCCGGGCUUUUACAACUGUGUUGGGGCUGUGGCCACCGGGAGCAAUAAACGGAAUCGGUUUCUCGCGCUUUCCCUCUCAAUCCCCAAACCUUCGAAAAUCCACUAACGAAUCUGGAUCUGUGGCUUGCGCCGCUUGUGUCCUUGAGGCAUGUGCUUAUCCUCAACCUCGCAGCAGCGCAGCUAGUAGGUCUCUUCCCUUCGCCCUUGUUCAGCAGCAGCAACUUCGUUGCAGGUAACGCCCAGAAGCCCGGGAAUGAGCUGAGCCUAGCUAGUGUGGCCGACUGGCACCCGCGUGGCUCCCUAGCGCUGCCACCCUAGGAUGCUCCCGCUUCUAGCGAGUGCGAGCAGGGAGGAUCGGGCAGCAACGAAAACAAGCUGCGAGUCUCUCCAGCUUGGCAGCCGAGGCUCAGGAGCCAGCCGCAGCGGAGUAGGAGCCUGCCUUCCCUACCCAGGGACAUUCAGAGCUGGGUAGAGCAAAGCCACCAAGUCUACGGGCUCAUCUUGAAUCCGAAACUACAUUUCGUUUUGCAAAAUCAUCUACUACUUACUGAUUCAAUGGCAAACUGGCACAUACUGCUGACACUCAGUUUGGAAACCAAAUUUUGUGUUUGAACUUGUAUGAGUCUGCACCCCACAGCUGCAGUUGUUGGGUGGGAGCUGCGAGGUAUUUCUGCUCCUCUGGUUACCCUUCUGUGACUUGGGGCCACUUCUCUUCAGAGUUCUUGUGUGAUUGGCAGGCAAGAACGUUAGUUGCAGAGCCUGGCUGGAGGCUAGCGGGGACGCACAGUGCAGCCCACCUUCCUGAGCCAGAGUUUUAGGCCAACAGAAGUCGUGCUCGGAGAGGAGUUUUCUCUUGUGGCUCUGGCUCUACCUGGCCAUCCCUGUGCACUCUCCUGGCUCCCUCCCUAGUGUUGGGUGGAGGACUGGAGAGUGUCCCCUCUUGGUUCUGGAAAAGAUUUGUUCUGUUAUUGUCCUUGUCUGGGAUAGAGUUGCCAGAAAAAUUAACAAGGCCUCUCCAUCCAGCACUCAAAAUCCUAAAGAGGGUGAAUGGGGUUGUAGGGGCUGCCUGGAGGGUAACAGCCUACAGAUGCUUCCGCUACCGGCCCUCCCCACAUACACAUCACCCCAAUUCCCAUUGGCUCUCUUGGCCUGGCAUGUGUGGUGGGUACUGGAGAGGGACUGAGCCCAGACUUAGACGUCUAUAGAACUCCUUCUGGGGGAGGAUGGAAAUCCUGAGGAGCAAGAGAAGAGGAUUCCCUCAGUGGUAAAACUUCCCAUCUUUCCCAUCCCCAAGACCGCUGAUCCGGACACUGAGAGGAGGAGGAGAGGGGCUUGAUGUCCAGGGAGAUGCCCAACAGGACCCUCCCCCUCCUUCUCCUCCUCCUCCUCCUCCUGCUGCUCCUCUUCC